GUGACAGUGCAGCGGCCGUCUACACAGAGCUGAGGAAGUUGUCCCGGGUCUUCAAAGACCAGCUGGUGUAUCCUCUGAUAGCUUCAGCCAGAGAAGCCAUGGCCCUGCCAGCAGUGUUUGGCCUGCCAGUCCUUCCUCCAGAGCUGUUACUGAGGGUGCUGAGACUGCUGGAUGUCUCCUCUCUCCUGGCCCUCUCCUCGGUCAACAGACACCUCCACCAGACCACCACAGACCCAGCCCUCUGGAGACACCUCUACCGCAGAGACUUCCGAGACGGCCGGGACCAGAGCAGAGCCAGAGACACUCAGUGGAGAGAGCUCUACAAGAAGAAGUACAAGUGGAGGAGAGAAGCAGCCAGUUACCGCCGCCACAUGCCCCGUUACCACCCUGUCCCCCCACCGCUCUACCCCCUCCACCCCCUCCCCAACAACCCCUUCCCCUUCUACCCGCCUGGCAUCAUCGGUGGGGAGUACGACCAGAGACCUGGCAUCCCCGGUGGUAUUCUGCCCCGCCCCCGCUACGACCCUAUUGGUCCGCUCCCAGGUCACGAUCCCACAGCAGGAGGGCUGAUUGGACGAAGGGGGCUGAGACCUGCUGGGAACCGGCCGGCUGACAUCAGAAGAGGGUUCAUAUGACCUCCCUGACCAGUGACCUCUAGUGGUGGUGCAGGAGUAUGACCACCACACAGAGAAGCUUAAAUAAAACAGAGAUGUUGAAGACUGACUGAUUAGCCUACCUUAAAUAAGGCACCUGAGUGCUAUAGUCACAGAUAAAUGGCGUUGUUCGGUCUAUAAACACUAACCCUCAUCCAGCCUGCUUAUUUUCCCCUAAACCUCAUCCAGGUGUUUUUUAUAAACCCUAUCCUUGACCCAGAAUCAGCUUGAAAUAGCUCAUGUUCUCCUGUGUGUGUUUAGUAAGUGAUGAGGUCAGAUCAUACCGAUCUGCUAUCUUCAUUUGAUCUCUCUGUUGUUGCAGA